UCCAGGCGCGUCGCGGCGGACGCUGGAGAGCAGGCGCUCGGCUCUGCCUGCCUCGCGUCCUCCGCCGCUGGCUGGCCGGAGCCCGGUCGCCCCGUCGAGCUCCCCCGAGGGCAUGCGGCAGCCUCUGGACACUCGGCUCCUGGGCUCGGCGGCGUGGGCGAGCGAGAGCGGAUGUGCAGCUCUUCUCCACGAUGAAUGAGUGUCACUACGACAAGCGGAUGGACUUCUUUUACAACAAGAGUAACGCGGACACGGCCGACGAGUGGACGGGGACGAAGCUUGUCAUCGUCUUGUGUGUCGGGACAUUUUUCUGCCUCUUUAUCUUUUUUUCUAACUCCCUGGUCAUUGCAGCAGUGAUCACAAACAGGAAGUUCCACUUUCCCUUCUACUACCUGCUGGCUAACUUAGCUGCCGCAGACUUCUUUGCUGGAAUCGCCUACGUAUUUCUGAUGUUUAACACCGGCCCCGUGUCCAAAACUUUGACUGUCAACCGCUGGUUUCUCCGACAGGGGCUCCUGGACGCAAGCCUGACUGCCUCUCUGGCCAACUUGCUGGUUAUUGCGGUGGAAAGGCACAUGUCAAUCAUGAGGAUGCGGGUCCACAGCAACUUGACCAAAAAGAGGGUGACGCUGCUCAUUCUGUUGGUGUGGGCCAUUGCCAUCUUCAUGGGGGCGGUCCCCACACUGGGCUGGAAUUGCAUCUGCAACAUCUCUGCCUGCUCUUCCCUGGCCCCCAUUUACAGCAGGAGUUACCUCAUUUUCUGGACCGUGUCAAACCUCUUGGCCUUCUUCAUCAUGGUGGUGGUGUAUGUGCGCAUCUACAUGUACGUCAAGAGGAAAACCAACGUGUUGUCUCCACACACGAGUGGCUCCAUCAGCCGCCGGAGGGCUCCCAUGAAGCUAAUGAAGACCGUGAUGACUGUCUUAGGUGCCUUCGUGGUGUGCUGGACGCCAGGUCUCGUGGUGCUGCUGCUGGAUGGCCUGAACUGCAAGCAGUGCGGCGUGCAGCAUGUGAAGCGCUGGUUCCUGCUGCUGGCGCUGCUGAACUCCGUCAUGAACCCCAUCAUCUACUCUUACAAGGACGAGGACAUGUACAGCACCAUGAGGAAGAUGAUCUGCUGCGCCUCGCAGGACAGCAGCACUGAGCGGCGUCCCUCCCGCAUCCCCUCCACCGUCCACAGCAGGAGUGACACCGGCAGCCAGUACCUGGAGGACAGCAUCAGCCAGGGCCCCGUGUGCACUAAAAAUGGCUCCUAAA